AUGAAGUCACUGUGGGAAGCAAAUUCAAUAAAAUAUCCGACUUUACAGAAUGUUGCAAGAGAUUUGUUAGCCAUUCCAAUAUCUACUGUGACAUCCGAGUCAACAUUUAGUUCAACUGAAAAUUCUACUCCUUCAUCAUACUCUAGAGCUUGUAUAAUAUUUAGCAAGAAGGAAGCUGACGAAGAGUUCUUGAUUUCUGUUUUACCUUCUGCAACUGGUGAAGCUUCCUACAGUUCGAAAGGAGUUCCGAUUGUGAGAAAUACAAGUGAACUUGCUCAGGAUAAUUAUGGGAGACUUGGAUUGUCACACAUUACAAUUGUUGGUUCCCUUUGGAUCGAGCUAUAUAGCCCACGUGAGGUUGAAGUGUGGCUGAAAACAUUUUCUCCGGGAGCUCAUACGCCAAUCCGCGGGCACUCGUGUGAGGAAUUCUUUCUGGUACUUAAGGGAAGUGGCACUCCGUAUCUUGCUUCUAAUACACAU